GAACAGAUUUAAAAGUAAACACUGAAAUGAGAAAGAAUUCACUGGGAAUUCUUGAGACUGCAUUCAAAUAGCUAAAUUGUUCUGACAGGUGCCUGGCACGAAGAAGGAGCAAAUAUUUCCUCGUCAUGCUACAAAUUUUAAUUCUUUCAUUUCUUGGAUUGGUAGUGCAGAAUUUCUGUGCCCUGACUGAAACGCCAGAGCAGGCAAAAAGAUGUGAUAAGAAGGCUAUGCUUACGAUUAAGACCGAGUGCCAAGCCUGCUCAGACAACGCUGCAGUCAACUGCCCUGAUGGCUACACCAAAAUUACCAAAGGCAUUUUUGGGAUUCAAGACUGCAGAUACUGGUUCAUAAAUGGGCCAAGAGGAUAUACCAUAACCCUCCCUGGGUGCCGCCACAUCUGCAAGAAGGACUAUGUGCAGCCACAGUGCUGCCCCGGACACUGGGGCCCAGACUGCAUGGAGUGCCCGGGAGGAGCGAGGUCGCCCUGCAAUGGCCGGGGCAGCUGUGCAGAAGGCAUGGAUGGAGACGGAAGCUGCUCCUGCCAAGACCGCUUUGGCGGCACCGCCUGUGAAACCUGUGCUGACGACAACUUCUUUGGACCCAAUUGUUCAUCAGAGUGCAACUGUGUACAUGGCGUGUGCAGCAGCGGGCUGACAGGCAACGGGAGCUGCGAGUGCUACUCGGCAUACACAGGCCCCAGCUGUGACCAGCCUGUCCCCGCCUGCUCGGCCUUGCUCUGCCCAGAACACGCCAGGUGCGUCCCUUCCAGUGAAGAUGCCACGAAGCUGGAAUGCAAAUGCCUCCCCAAUUACAAAGGCGAUGGCAGAGUAUGCGAGCCUAUCAACCCCUGCUCCCAGAACGUCUGCCCCACAUACGCCCAGUGCACCUACCUGGGGCCGAACCGCCACCGCUGUACCUGCCGGGAGGGCUACCAGGGGGACGGGCAGGUGUGUCUGCCAGUGGACCCCUGCCAAGUCAACUUUGGAGGCUGCCCCCCACAGUCCACCGUGUGCAAGUAUGAUGGGCCGGGACAGUCCCACUGCGAGUGCAGGGAGCACUUCCACGACUACGUACCCGGAGUGGGGUGCAGCAUGACCGACCUCUGUGAAUCCCGGAACCCCUGUCACCAGCACGCGAACUGCACCACCAUUGCCCCAGGCCAGACCAGAUGCACUUGCCGGAAAGGUUACGUGGGCAAUGGCUUGAAGUGCCAUGGAAACAUCCUGGAGCGCCUCCAAGAACUCAACAUUGAACCUGGUGGGAAAUGGCAGGGCAAGCUGACAGCGUUCACCUCCCUCCUGGAAAAAGUCUAUGGCUGGCCACUCAGUAACCUGGGACCAUUCACUGUGCUGUUGACCACAGACAAGGGACUGAAAGGCCUCAAUGUAAAAGAACUUUCCAUGGAUACUCAGGAUGCCCAGUACUUCGUGAAACUCCACAUCAUUGCCGGGCAAAUGAGCUCUAAGCAGAUGAAUAACACAAGCCUUUUCUACACCUUGACGGGAAAGGCAGGAGAGAUCUUCCACGACAAUAGGGACAAUUUACUGAAGCUUAAACUCUUUGGAGGAAAAAAGAGAGCAAAAAUCAUACAGUCGGAUAUAAUUGCCUCCAAUGGGCUCUUGCACAUCCUUGACAAAGCCAUGGACAACAUGGAACCCUCUCUCAUGAGCAAUACCGAGCAAACCAUAAUGACAAUGCUGCAACCAAGAUACAGCAAGUUCAGAUCUUUACUAGAGAAAACCAACAUGGGACGGGCCUUGGAUGAAGAUGGGGCUGGUGAACCUUAUACCGUUUUUGUCCCAAGGAAUGAAGCAUUGGAUGCCAUGAAACCUGACACUCUCAAUUACCUUCUUUCUCCAAAGGGAUCUCGGAAGCUUCUGGAACUCAUCAGAUACCACAUUGUCCCAUUUACCCAGCUCGACGUGGCCUCUCUCGUUUCCACGCCUUUCAUCAGGAGCAUGGCCAACCAGAUCCUCCGGUUCAAUACCACCGGGAAUGGACAGAUUCUGGUGAAUGAGGUGGCCCUAGAAGAAAUCGACGUGGCAGCCAAAAAUGGCCGGAUUUACACCCUGAAUGAAGUCCUCAUCCCACCCUCCAUUGUCCCGAUUCUGCCUCACCGCUGCGAUGAAACCAAGACUGAAAUCAAAGAGGGCACUUGUCUGAGCUGUUCCCUGAUGGACUGGAGCAAAUGUCCUGCAAAUGCUGAGCCCAUGAUGGUCUUCACACACAACUGUGCUCAAAGAGGCAGAGUCAGAAUCCUGAGGGGCGGCUGUGCUAGAUACUGUAACGUCACUGUGACGAUCCCCAAGUGCUGCCAAGGCUUCUAUGGCCGUGACUGCAUCCAGUGUCCUGGAGGCUUCUUGAACCCAUGCUCGGGAAACGGACAGUGCGCAGACGGUGUUGAUGGGACCGGUGUGUGCACCUGCCGGGCCGGCUUCCAAGGCUCCCACUGCCAGCUCUGCUCUGACCCACAGAGAUACGGACCUCGAUGUGACAGAAAGUGUCUCUGCAUUCAUGGCACGUGUGAUAACAGAGUGGACAGCGACGGGGCCUGCCUGCCCGGCACGUGCCGGGUUGGCACCACGGGGAGAUUCUGUCACGAGCAGACGUCGACCUGUGGGCCCUAUGUGCAGUUCUGUCACGUCCACGCCACCUGCGAAUACAGCAACGGAACUGCCAGCUGUGUUUGCAAAGCAGGAUACAGAGGAGACGGAAGCAUCUGUUUGGAGAUGGAUCCUUGCAUGGAAUUGGUCCCAGAGGGCUGUAGCCCCAAUGCAGAAUGCCUUCCGACUGGCUCCGGGACCCACACCUGUGUGUGCCAGCAGGGCUGGACCGGGGAUGGGAGGGACUGCUCCGAGAUCAACGAGUGCCUGCUGCCGACCAGGGGUGGCUGCCACCCCAAUGCCACCUGUCUGUAUGUGGGCCCCGGACAGAAUGAGUGUGAAUGCAAAAAAGGAUUUCAUGGCAAUGGGAUUGAUUGUGAACCAGUAACUUCAUGCUUGGAACAAACUUGGAUGUGCCAUCCUCUGGCAACCUGUCAGCGGGCCCCUUCUGGCCUCUGGAACUGUGUCUGUCAAGAGGGCUAUGAAGGAGAUGGACUUCUGUGCUAUGGAGACGCUGCCGAGGAGUUGCUAUUUCUCUCCGAGGCAGCUCAAUUUAACCAGUGGAUAAAUAAUGCAUCUCUCCAAAGCCUGCUGUCUGCCGCCUCCAACCUCACUGUCCUCGUGCCUUCCCGGCAAGCUAUUAAGGACAUGGACCAAGACGAGAAAGACUUUUGGUUGUCCAAGAGCAAUAUUCCAACCCUAAUAAAGCACCAUAUGGUCCCAGGAAUGUAUGGAGUUACCGAUCUGAUGACUCUGUCCUCAUCUGACACACUGGCAACGUCUUUGCAAGGCAACUUCCUCCACCUGGCUAAAACAGAUGGGAAUAUCACACUGGAUGGGGCUUCCAUCAUUGACGGUGACAAUGCAGCCACCAAUGGAGUGAUCCACAUCAUCAACAAGGUUCUGGUUCCCGAAAGAGGUUUAAGUGGCUCCUUACCAAACCUGCUCACGAGGCUGGAGCAGAUGCCCGACUAUUCCAUCUUCCGAGGCUACAUCGUGCAAUAUAAUCUAGCAAGCGCCAUCGAGGCAGCUGACACUUACACAGUGUUUGCACCCAACAAUGAUGCCAUUGAGAAUUAUAUCCGGGAGAAGAAGAUUGCAACGCUAGAAGAGACCACCCUCAGGUAUCACGUGAUCUUGGAGGAGAAACUUCUAAAGAAUGACCUCCACAACGGCAUGCACCGGGAGACCAUGCUGGGCUUCUCCUAUCUCCUUGGCUUCUACCUUCGUGAUGACCAGCUCUACGUCAAUGACGCUCCAAUCAACUACACCAAUGUAGCCACUGACAAGGGAGUGAUCCAUGGCUUGACGAAAGUUCUGGAAAUUCAGAAGAAUAGAUGUGAUAAUAAUGACACAACUAUUGUACAGGGAAAGUGUGGCAAGUGUCUCCAAAAGCCCAUCUGCCCUCUGGGAACAAAGCCAAUCGAUGAAAAGAUGCACAAGUGUAUCACCACCAUGUACUUCAAUGGCAAGCGGUCUGUGUUCAUCGGGUGCCGGGCCCGCUGUGUGAAGACCGUCAUCACCAAAGAGUGCUGUGCCGGUUUCUUUGGCCCCCAGUGCCAGGCCUGCCCAGGGACCACUAGUAAUGUUUGCUUCGGGAAUGGCAUCUGCCUGGACGGCAUAAACGGCAGUGGUAUGUGUGUGUGCGGAGAGGGCUUCAAUGGCACCGCCUGUGAGAUGUGCUUCGAGGGCAAGUACGGCGUCCACUGCGACCAAGUGUGUUCCUGUGUCCACGGGAGAUGCAACCAGGGACCUUCGGGGGAUGGCUCCUGCACGUGUGACAUAGGCUGGCGUGGAGUGAGCUGUGAUCAACAGAUCACAACAGACAGCUGCAAUGGAAUCUGCCACACCAGCGCCAACUGCCUUCUCAAACCAGACGGCACGGCAUCAUGCCAGUGUGCAGCCGGGUUCCGUGGGAACGGGACAGCCUGCGAAGCAAUCAAUGCUUGUGAGACCAGCAACGGUGGCUGCUCUGCUAAGGCGGUCUGUAAGAGAACCACGCCAGGGAACCGCGUGUGUGUGUGCAAGGCAGGCUACACAGGAGAUGGUAUCGUGUGCCUGGAGAUCAACCCCUGUCUGGAGAACAAUGGCGGCUGCCACCAGAACGCAGAGUGCACGCAGACUGGGCCCAACCAGGCCGUGUGUAACUGUAGGCCCAAGUACACCGGGGAUGGCCGCACCUGUACGCUCAUCAACAGCUGCUUAACGAAUAACGGCGGCUGCAGUCAGUUCGCGACCUGCAACCACACGGGGCUGGAGGAGCGGGUCUGCACUUGCAAGCCCAACUACGUGGGGGAUGGGUUCACCUGCCGGGGUAACAUCUACCAGGAGCUCCCCAGGGAUCCGAAAACCUCCCAGUACUUCUUCCAGUUGAUGGAGCACUCUGUGAGAGAUCUGGUGGGAGCCGGCCCCUUCACCGUCUUUGUGCCUUUGUCGACUGCCUUCGACGAGGAGCCCAGGAUUAAGGACUGGAGCAGGCUGGGCCUGAUGGCUCAGAUUCUCCGGUAUCACAUGAUUGGCUGCCACCAGCUGAACCUGGAAACCCUAAAGCUGGUCCGGAAUGCCACCUCCCUCCACGGGGACUCCUUGUUCUUUCACGAGUCUCAGGGCAUGGUGUUUAUCAACAACAACGCGAAGAUUGUGUCCAGUGACAUCAUCAGCACCAAUGGAAUCAUACACAUCAUCGACAAGCUGCUGACUCCCCAAAACUUGCUGAUCACCCUGAAACAUGAGUCGGGAAAGAUCCUGCAGAACCUUACAACAGUGGCGACCAACUACGGCUACUCCAAAUUCAGCAAGUUAAUUCAGGACGCCGGCCUGUUGGGGCUCAUCACUGACCCCAUCCACACCCCGGUCACCCUCCUGUGGCCCAGUGACCGCACCCUGGACACCCUGCCCACCGAGAAGCGGGAUUUCCUGUUCAACCCCAUCAACAAAGACAAGCUGAAGGAGUAUCUGAAAUUCCACGUGAUCCGCGAUGCCAAGAUUCUCGCUGCGAAUCUGCCCCAGGCAACCGCCUGGAAGACGCUGCAGGGGUCAGACCUGAGAGUGAAAUGCGGAGGGAGUGGUCACCUGGGCGAGCUCUUCCUCAAUGACCAAAACUGCAGGAUUGUGCAGCGUCAGAUCCCGUUCGACCUCGGCUUGGUCUAUGGCAUUGACUGUCUCCUGAUGGACCCCACACUGGGGGGCCGCUGCGACAGCUUCUCCACCUUCGAUGUCUCGGGCAACUGUGGGAGCUGUUUCAAUACUCCCAGCUGCCCGCGGUGGAGUAAAUCGAAGGGCGUGAAGCACCGCUGUCAGUACAGCCCGAGCUACCGGCGGACCGUGAAUCUGGACGGCUGUCAGAACCAGUGCACCCUGGUGAUCCCGGUCCGCAGGUGCUGCAGCGGUUACUUCGGCCCGGACUGCCAGGCCUGCCCUGGAGGCCCGGAUACUCCAUGCAACAACCGGGGCAUCUGCCUCGACCAGGGAGAGUGUCAGUGCAACACGGGCUUCAACGGAACGGCGUGUGAGCUGUGCUGGCCCGGGAGAUUCGGGCCAGACUGUCAGCCCUGUAGCUGUUCCAGCCACGGUCAGUGUGACGAGGGCAUCACGGGCUCAGGGCAGUGCCUCUGCGAGACAGGCUGGACCGGCCGCUUCUGCGACACUCAGCUAGAUCUGCCCCCUGUGUGCACGCCUCCCUGCUCCAUUCAUGCCACCUGUAAGGAGAACAACACAUGCGAGUGUGGCCUGAACUAUGAAGGCGACGGAGUGACGUGUACAGUGGUGGAUUUCUGCGCCCAGGGCAACGGCGGCUGUGCCACAGUAGCCAAGUGCUCCCAGAAGGACACGAAGGUAUCCUGCAGCUGCCCCAAGGGCUACAUGGGCGAUGGCCACAGCUGCACGGAGAUCGACCCCUGUGCAGAUGGCCUCAAUGGCGGCUGUCACGAACAUGCCACCUGCACCAUGACGGGCCCGGGCAAGCAGAGGUGCCAAUGCAAACCUCAUUACGUGGGCGACGGGCUGGACUGUGAGCCCGAGCAGCUGCCCCUGGACCGCUGCCUGCAGGACCACGGGCAGUGCCAUGCGGAUGCCGACUGCACUGACCUCCAUUUCCAGGACACCACAGUGGGCGUGUUCCACCUGCGCUCCCCGAAGGGCCAGUACAAGCUGACCUUCGACAAAGCCAGAGAGGCGUGCGCAGGAGAGGCUGCCACUGUGGCCACCUACAACCAGCUCUCCUAUGCCCAGAAGGCCAAUUACCACCUGUGCUCAGCAGGCUGGCUGGAGGAUGGGCGUGUCGCCUACCCCACAGCCUUCGCCUCCCAGAAGUGUGGCUCUGGGAUGGUGGGGAUCGUGGACUACGGACCGAGGAACAACAAGAGUGAAAUGUGGGACGUCUUCUGCUUCCGGAUGAAAGAUGUGAACUGCUCCUGCAAGGAGGGCUAUGUGGGAGACGGCAUCUCAUGCAGCGGGAAUCUGCUGCAGGUCCUGAUGUCCCGCCCCUCGCUCACUAACUUCCUGACGGAGGUGCUGGCCUAUUCCAACAGCUCGUCCCGGGGCCAGGCCUUCCUGAAGCACCUGGCUGACCUGUCCAUCCGGGGCACCCUCUUUGUGCCACAGAACGACGGGCUCCAGGGAGAUAAGAGGCUGUCGGGAAGAGACAUCGAGCACCACCUCACCAACGUCAACGUCUUAUUUUACAAUGACCUGGUCAAUGGCUCCACGCUGAAGACUCGACUGGGCAGUCAGCUCCACAUCACAUCCAGCCAGGACCAGCAGCAGCAGGAGACCCGGUUUGUGGACGGGAGAGCCAUUGUGCAGUGGGACCACAUUGCCUCCAAUGGGAUCAUUCACAUCAUUUCUGGCCCUUUAAUAGCGCCCCCAGCCCCAGCGGCCCUCCCCCUCUUGCAGCACGCAGGACACGCUGGCCUGGGGAUGGGUAUUUUCUUCGCCAUCCUCCUGGUCAUCGGCGCUGUCGCUUUGGCUGCGUACUCUUACUUCAGACUCAACCGGAGAACCAUCGGCUUCCAGCACUUUGAGUCUGAAGAGGAUAUUGAUGUCUCAGCUCUUGGCAAGAAGCAGGAGUCUGAGAAUAUCGUGAACCCCACGUAUGAGAACACGACCUCAGCACGCCCGGAGCCUUGCUACGACCCCUUCAUGGACGAGCAGCAGCUGGACAGUGCUGACCCCCUAGGGGCACUGUGAGCCCCCGCCGGGCUGUCCACCACCACUACCACCACCACCAUCACCCCCACUGCAGAAAUGUGCCAACUGAGUCCUCAGCACCGAGCGGGGCCACUCAGGAGCUUUACCUCAUGUCUCUGACUGGGCUGGGUCUGCCCCCU